AUGCCCUCACCAGCAGCAGGCAGAUCCGGGAAUGCUCCUGAGACUCCUACAAAGACUGGCAAGAGCCCUGGCUCUUCAAGUACUUCUAAGCUUACUGGUCAAGGAUCCUCAGGCACACCAGGAAGGAAGCCUCCCAAGCUAGGUGCCUCCAAAGCGACGCCCAAGAAAUCCACAGAUUCUCCCAAACUACCUCCACGAACUAAGCAAACCGACGAUGCCAAGGAUGUCUCAGAGAAACCCAGCGACAUCGAAUCUGAAGCCGAUCAGAAGAUCGAUCUCAAGGACACCGAGGAAGCUGGCGGAAAAGUCAGCCAACCUGGCCACGACACUGGAGCCGAGAGCACCUCUGUCGCCGACACCAGUGAACUAUCGGAAGCAGACCCUGAGCCUGUAGCUGAUAGUGAUGACGACGAAGAAACUCCUGCGAAGGCAGCCAAAGAUGAAGGCACCGACGACGAGACGGAAACCGAAGAGCCAGCUGCUGAGACUGAAGAUGCGGCUGAAGAAGCUGAAGACGAGGCCGAGGGCAAGGGCUCAGGUGCUCUUGGAGGCGUGAAGUCUGCCGCUGGCGGUGCCACUGGUGGCGCCAAGAAGCUUGCAAGUCGAGCUGGAGGCGCCAAAGACACAGCCACUGGUGCUGCUGGUAAAGCCUCUAAAGGCGAUGUCUCGGGUGCCGCUCAAGACACUGCCGAAGAUACACAGGAGGGUGCUCAAGACACUGCUGGCGAUGUCAAAGACACUGCAGAAGACACCGCAGAGGGCGCGAAGGAGACCGCAGAAGGUGCAGCUGAAGAUGUCCCCAAAGACACAGACGACGUACCUGAUGCGGAGGACGCCACAAACGGAGUCAAGGAUACCGCCAAGGAUGCCAAAGACACAGCUGAGGACACCGCCGAAGACGCUAAAGAUACCGCCGAAGAUGCGACUGACGACGUCAAGGACACUGCUGAAAAGGCAACCAAUGGCGUCAAAGACACCGCCGAGGACGCCGCUGACGGCGCUAAAGACACCGCAGAAGACGCAACCGAUGGUGUCAAAGAUACUGCUGAAGAUACCGCCGAAGGUGCCAAGGACACUGCAGAAGAUGCAACCGAUGAAGUCAAAGACACCGCAGAAGACACGACAGGCCAAGAGCUGCCUGACCUUUCCUCUUUGAAAGGUCUCAAGGUUAGCGAGAACGGUGACAUUCUCGACAAAGAAGGUAAUGCCAUCGGCAAGCUCGAGGAAGGCGACCCAGCCGACCUGGAAGGCUACGAAAUCGGUGACGAUGGCGAGAUCCUUGAUGAGGAUGGCGACGUCGUUGGCCGAGCCAACAUCAUUGCAGACAAAGCACAAGAUGUCGGUGACCAGGCCAAGGACACUGCCGACGACGCUGUUGAAGACGCAGAAGGUGCGGCCGACGAUGUCAAGGACACUGCCGAAGACGCUGUUGAGACAUACCUCCCUGAUCUCGAUGUCCUAGAGGGUCUAGAGGUCCAAGAGGAUGGACAGAUCCUAGACAAAGAAGGCAAUGCCCUCGGCAAAAUCACCGAGGGUGACCCAGCUGACUUGGUUGGUAUGGCGCUCAAUGCUGAAGGCGAAGUUCUCGACGAGGAUGGAGAUGUCGUUGGCCGCGCUGAGACACUCCCACAAGAAGUCAAGCAAGAAGCCGAAGAUGCCGCCGGUGAGCUUCCUGGACUCGAUGCUCUCGAAGGUCUAGAGGUUCAGGACGACGGUGCCAUCAAAGAUGCCUCUGGAAACACUCUGGGGAAAAUCACUGAAGGUGAUCCCGCCGACCUUGUUGGCAGAACACUCAAUGCUGAAGGCGAAGUGCUCGAUGAAGACGGUGACGUCAUUGGUCGGGCCGAGAUCGUGCCUGAAGCUGCAGGUGCUGUCGAAGGUGCAGCUGGAGACGCAGCUGAUGAUGCCACUCCCGAUAUUGUUCAACAAGCCACUGACAAGGUCGAAGAAAUUGCCGACCAGUUGAAGCCCAACUUGACAAUCGUCGAGGGACGCAAGCUGAACAAGAAGGGCAACAUCAUCGACGAUGAAGGCGAGAUUCUAGCUAAGCUGGUCGAAGGCGAUCCAAAAGAAUGUGCGGGUAAAAUCCCCAACGAAAAUGGAGAAAUCCUCGACAAAGAUGGCAACGUCAUCGGUAAAGUCGAAGUCGUUGAGGGAGAAGCUGCCGAUGAAGCCAUGAAGGAGCUCAAUCCCGAAUUGGUUGAACAACUCGAACAAGCACAAGAAGCCGUCGAAGACGCUGAGAAGCAAGCAGCAGAGGAAGCCGAGAAGGCUGGUGACGCUGCCGAUGUCGCUGAAGAUGCCGCUGAGACCGCCGAAGGUGCUGCCGAGGAAGCCAAGGAUGCAGCUGAUCAAGCUGGAAAACCUCUGUUCGAGCAACUCGAAGGCCUCAAGGUCAACAAGAAGGGCGAGGUCGUCAAUGAAGAUGGUGAUGCCAUUGCCAAGCUCUCUGAAGGGUACAACCUUGAGGACGUGCGAGGCAAGAAAAUCAAUGAGAAGGGAGAAAUCCUGGACAAAGACGGCAAUGUCAUCGGCAAAGUCGAGUUCCUUCCCGAGGCUGUUGAGGAAGGUCUUGUCGAGGUUGAAGAGGCUGCACCCGAAGGUCCAGACUUCUCUGCCCUUGAAGGACUGAAGGUCAACAAGAAGGGUCUCGUAUUGGACGAAGAAGGAGACGAGAUCGGUCGUCUCGUUGAAGGCGAGCUCUCUGCCGUCGCUGGCAAGAAAAUCAACGACAAAGGUGAAAUUCUGGACAAGGAUGGAAAUGUCAUCGGCAAAGUCGAACUGUCACAACAGCAAGGAGAAGAAGAAGGCGAAGAUGAUGCCGAAGGAGCUGAGGAGGAAGCUGAUGAUGGUCUACCACCUCUCAGUAUCCUUGAAGGCCUCAAAGUCAAUAAGUCUGGCAAGAUCCUCGACUCUAAUGGAAACAUCGUCGGCGACCUCGUCGAAGGCGAUGCCAAGAAGAUCUGGAAGUCGGGUGCCUCCGCCGAUGACCAAGGUCAAUUCUGGGACAGCAAAGGACAUGUCAUCGGUAAAGCCAAGACCCUCCCUCAAGAGGACAAAGAGGAUGAAGCCCAAUUUGCUGGCCUCGAAGGUCUCACAGUCGUCGCUGACGGUUGGGUUGAGGAUGAGAGCGGCAAUCGCGUUGGCAAAAUUGUGGAAGGCGAUGCUAAAAAACUUGUCGGGCGCUCUGUUGAUGAAGACGGUGAUGUCAUUGACAAGAAGGGCAAUGUUGUCGGCCAUGCCGAGCGAUAUGAAGAGCCCGACGCCGAGCCUGAAGCUGAACCUGAGGAGGUUGACCUUUCUGAGCUCAAGGGUUUGAAGGUAAACAAGCAAGGCAACGUCAUCGGACCUGAUGGUGUGCCUAUCGGUCGCCUUGUUGAAGGAAAUGCCAAAGAACUUGCCGGCCGACCUGUUGAUGGUCAAGGUCAAGUCUGGAAUGACAAGGGUGAAGUUGUUGGCCGUGUUGAGCUCAUCCCUGCCGGCGAACGGGAGUCCAAAGCCGAGGGACCUUUUGCCGGUCUAGAAGGUGUUGUUGUCGUCAAAGAAGGUCUUGUCGAAGACCAUGAAGGCAACGUCGUCGGUAAAGUGGUCGAAGGUGAGUGGAAGAAACUCAUCGGACGUGCUGUUGACGAGGAUGGUGAUAUCAUCGACAAGUACGGCAACGUCAAAGGUCACGCCGAGCCGUACGAGAUUCCGGAAGAGGAAGUUGUUGAGGCAGAUCUCUCCAGCCUUGCUGGCAAGACCGUCAACAAGCAAGGCAAGGUUGUCGAUGAGCACGGAACCAUCUUCGGUGAAGUCGCUGAAGGCGAGCUGAAGCAUCUUGUCGGAAAGAAGGUGGACGGCAAGGGAAACAUCUGGAGCAGUGACGGUAAGGUCAUUGGCAAGGCUCGUCUCAUCGAAGGUGGUGACGAUGGCCGUGCUGAAGGACCAUUCUCCAACUUUGAGUCUACCACUGUGACCAAGGAUGGCCUAGUAACAGAUGCCCACGAUCAGGUUGUUGGUCGCGUUGUUGAAGGUGAUGUGAAGAAACUUGUUGGCCGUAAGGUUGACGAUGAUGGCGAUAUCACAGACAAGAAUGGAAACGUCAUCGGCAAGGCUGAACGGUACGAGCCAGAAGAGAAAGAGCGUGAGGUUUCACCAAUGGCUGGACUCCGCAUCAACAAGGAAGGAGAGGUCCGUGACAAGAACGGUGAUGUUAUUGGUAAACUUACCGAUGGAAAUCUCCUGGCUUGCAUUGGAAAGGAAAUCAACGAUAACGGCUAUGUUGUCGACCAAGAUGGCAACAAGAUCGGUGAAUGCACGCUGCUUGAGAACAUCCCAGACGAGGAAGAAGUCGAGGAGGCUCCUACCGAUGAAGAGCUGAAGAAGGAGGAAGAGAGAGAAAUCGCCAAGAAGAUUGGUAACAUCAUCAACCAGACUAUCGAGAAGAUGGAGCCAAUCUGCAAGCAGAUCACAGAGCACAUUGAGAAAGCCGACCGCACACCGCGCGAGGAACUCGACGAAGAAAAGCUCGUCAACGAUGUCAAGCCUCUGAUCGAAGAAGGUGGCCGCAUCCUAGGCGAAUGCAACGGUGCAAUCCGCGGCCUGGACCCCGAUGGACACAUCGCUGCACAGGCCAAAGCGCGUGCUGCGUCUGGCGAGGCCUCACCAGAAGAGCACCGCGUGGCCGAAGGUCUCAAGGAGCUCACCACCAGUGUUGUCAAGACCAUCGACAACGCGAAGAAGCGCCUGGCUGAUAUGCCUCACGCCAAGAAGAAGUUGAACCCACUCUGGGGCUUGCUCACAGAACCGCUGUUCCAGAUCAUCGCCGCCGUCGGGCUGUUGCUCGCGGGUGUUCUCGGUCUAGUGGGCAAAUUGCUCAACGGCCUUGGACUUGGUGGACUCGUGAACGGGAUUCUUGGGGGUCUUGGUGUUGACAAGCUGCUCGGGGGUCUUGGGCUCGGAAGCAUCGCGGAGAGUCUCGGCUUGGGUGGAGGGAAGAAGAAGAAAUGA